AUGUCGAAACUCAGAACGAUCUUUGAACCUGAAGACCUUGCCAGGCGACUUCAUCAGACCGCGUUCAAACAUGCAUUCCCGUCGGCCUACACUGUUUUUCCUGCCGUUGCCCACAUUUUGGAUCUCCGCCAGCCCCUGUCAUCGACGCGAGAUGCUCAUACUCUUCAGGCUGCAGCUGGAGGAGUUGGCGUGCCAUUGCUGCAUUGGUUUGAAACCAUUGAUGGAAAGGAUGUCAUGACCAUAGACACCUACGGUCCGACGCUCGAGAAAGUUUUCUGCCAAUCGGGACGGUAUUUCAGCAUGCAGAGCCUUCUUCUUUUGGCAGAUCAAUUGCUCGCACGCGUGGAGUUCAUACACUCCAGGAACAUCAUUCAUGGUAACCUGAACCCGCAGUCGUUUGCGUUUGGGGUCCCUGAAUGGCAGACGCAGCAGGUCCUUCUGGUUGAUUUUGGCACGGAAAUCGCACCACAUUCCACAGUUCGCGAUGAUCUCCAGGCAGUCGGCCUCAUUCUGUCCUAUUUUUAUAGUGGAGCCGAGUCCUGGGAGCAGUAUCAGCAGCAGCGAGAUCAGGAGACCACUGCACCUGUCUUGACAAGCUUCUUGACCGCGGUCGCUUCGCACAAGCCCGUUGACUACGGCAUCCUUCGAGAAAUCUUCCAUGAUGCGUAUCAUGACUUGGUAUUGCAUCUUGAGAUUGCACUGGAUAUAAAGGUCCUCGAGCAAUGA